UUGAGUCAGAUUCAAGUUUGGAUGGUAGGCUAGAGAAAGCAUUGGACUGGCUGGGGUGGGUGUGUACAGGUGACAUCUCAGUGGUCUAGUGUUUUAGUGUUAUUGACUGAGCUUUGUUAUGGACACUGCUGUGUUUUCCAAAGCCCGACUCCGGUUUCUGUUUCUCCACUGGCCCUGGAUCUUAAGUUUCAUCAGAAGCCGAAUUUGAAGAGUGGGUAGUUGCACUCAAAGCACACUGAUAAUGGUCGUUAGUCUGGUAACAGUGAGUUACAAAGGUGAAGGAGUACCUCCUGGCAACUAUGGGAACUAUGGCUAUGCUAAUAGUGGGUAUAGUGCCUGUGAAGAAGAAAAUGAGAGACUCACUGAAAGUCUGAGAAGCAAAGUAACUGCUAUAAAAUCUCUUUCCAUUGAAAUAGGCCAUGAAGUUAAAACCCAGAACAAAUUAUUAGCCGAAAUGGAUUCACAAUUUGAUUCCACAACUGGAUUUCUAGGUAAAACUAUGGGCAAACUGAAGAUUUUAUCCAGAGGGAGCCAAACAAGACUACUGUGCUAUAUGAUGCUCUUUUCUUUAUUUGUCUUUUUUGUCAUUUAUUGGAUUAUUAAACUAAGGUGAUGCAAGUAAUUGUGAAUUUGGAAUUUGUUCCAACUUAAUGGCUUAGAGUACCACUUUGAUAAAAAUCAGCAUCAAAACAUUCCUAGUUUUCAAAUACUAUGGCAUUUUCCAUUGAAAAUUGCUGAAGUUUGUUUAUUUUAUAAAUCACAUUAGUUAAUACAGUGCUCUCUGAAUACUGUUCCUUAAUGAUUCAUUUUAGCCCCUAUUUUCAGGGGUAGUGAGAUGGUAUGACUCCACUAAUUUCCAGUUUCUUUUUCUAUUGUUUGCCAACAGUCAGAUUAAAUAGCAUUAUAAUAUUUUGUUAUAAAUGCAGGUUUAUGCCCCAUGUAAGGAAACUUAGUCGGAGAGUAACAGAAUGCUCUGAGAGUCUACUCUGAGCUCUCGAAGUAGUCAACCAGUUUGUGGUAGAAUGCUAAUUGAAUUUUCCUAACUGCAUCAACUAUAAUGAUAUACUCCAUUCUCCUCCUUUACUCAGUUAAAAUCGUAGGCUGAUUUCUUUUUACUACAAUCUUUCUAAUAAUUUUUUAUGAUAAUGACCCCUCAUUCCUUUCUGCCCAGAGACCUCAUUCUUUAAAUAAAGCUUGUUAUUUUCGCAUAUUUCUGAUAGGGCCCAUUGUAAAUGUAUAUCAGUAUAGUUAUUGUUUCAUAUUAACUUUAUAAAUUCUUUUGACUUGGCUUAUAAUAGUUUUAUGAUUUUUACUACGAGGCAGGACAUUUGAUUAUCAUUUGUGACAGAAUAAUGUGAAGUUAAGUAAUUACUAAACUCUAAAUGGAAAUAGUAUGCAAGAAACUCAGGCUUUGAACUUGAAGAUAACUUCGAGUACUGUUGUUUUAAUCCAGCGUAUUUGUUUAUGGAAAGAAAAACACAAAGGCAGUCUGUUGAGUAAAAAAUAUUAAAACAUUGUUAAAUACUCUGUAUUACUAUUUUGGAACUUAUCCAUUUAUAGGCUCCAGAAAUAAAUUUUUAAAUAAAAUAUAUUAGUUGAC